AUGAAAUCUUCUUACAUUACUUGGUAUCAUUAUAUUCUUGAUUCCCAACCAUGCUUCUUCUUCUUCUCUUGCUCUCUCUUUUUUCUUCUUCCUAUGGCUAUGGAGGCUCAGAUUUUCUUUACAACAGCUUCGUUUCUUGCCUGCAACAUUCAACACAUCCCUCCGACCAAAUCUCAGCCACAGUCUUCGCCAGAACUAACGCUUCUUACCCCUUUGUUCUUCGAGCCUACAUCAGAAACGCCCGAUUCAACACCUCUUCAACUCCAAAACCUCUUCUUAUUCUAACCCCUUUUCGGGAAACUCAUGUUCAAGCCGCCGUCAUUUGCUCCCGACACCUGCGGGUUCAGCUCAAGGUGCGUGCUGGUGGCCACGACUACGAGGGUAUAUCGUACGUCUCCGAUGUCCCGUUUGUCCUCCUCGACUUGUUCAAUCUCCGCUCCAUCGCCGUCGACGUUGAAGAUCAGUCUGCUUGGGUUCAAGCAGGAGCAACCCUCGGAGAAGUUUACUAUAGAAUAUGGGAGAAGAGCAAAGUCCACGGCUUCCCCGGCGGAGUGUGCCCGACGGUGGGGGUCGGAGGGCACAUAAGCGGCGGCGGCUAUGGCAACAUGCUACGAAAAUACGGCCUAGCCAGCGAUCAACUCCUCGAUGUCCACCUCGUCGACGUCAACGGACGAGUACUCAACCGAGAAUCCAUGGGGGAGGAUCUCUUCUGGGCCAUGCAAGGCGGCGGCGGUGGCAGCUUCGGCGUCAUCCUCUCCUACAAGCUCCGACUCGUCCCUGUCCCUGCCACCGUCACUGUCUUCCGCCUCGAAAGAACAUUGGAACGCAACGCCACAGACAUCGUCCACAAAUGGCAGCAUGUCGCACCCACGGUAGCACACAAACUCUUUAUGAGAAUGCUUCUGCAGCCUGUCGUCAGACGAGGUGGGAACAACAACGACACGACGACGAUCCGAGCCUCGAUAGUGACACUCUUUCUGGGAAGAUCCGAAGAGCUCGUGCAGCUGCUGAGGAAGGACUUUCCCGAGCUGGGUUUAACAAAAGAACAUUGCUUGGAAAUGGGUUGGAUCCAAUCAGUUCUUUGGUGGGGAAAUUUCGGCAAUGGGACUGCGCCGGAAGUUUUGCUUGACCGGAAUCUGGACUCAGCCAAUUUUCUGAGGAGAAAAUCGGAUUAUGUUGAGAGACCCAUUUCGAAGAAAGGGCUUGAGAGGCUGUGGAAGAAGAUGAUCGAAAUAGGGGUAACGGGAAUGGCUUGGAAUCCAUAUGGAGGAAAAAUGAGCGAAAUUGGUUCUUCGGCGACGGCGUUUCCCCACAGAAGUGGGAAUUUGUUCAAGAUUCAAUAUUCAGUGAAUUGGGAGGAAUCUGGGGAGGAAGCCGACAAGAAAUUCGACACUCAGAUAAGGGAGCUUCACGGUUUCAUGACUCCAUUGGUUUCGAGGAAUCCGAGGAGGGCUUUCUUGAACUAUAGGGAUCUUGAUAUUGGGGUUAAUGAUAAUGGGGAGACAAGGUACGAGCAAGGGAAGGUUUACGGGGCAAAGUAUUUUCAUGGGAAUUUUGAGAGGUUGGCGAAGGUGAAAAGUGCUGUUGAUCCUCGGAAUUUCUUUUGGAAUGAGCAGAGUAUACCACCUCUUCCGUACAAAGUAUAGAUGGAUCGCGAUCGUAAUCAUUUAUAUGUCUUUAGAGAUUUUUUUUCAAUUUCGUUUUUUCAAAAAUAUAAAUAGCUGUCAAAUUUUUAACGGUGAUUAGUAGAAAAAUUCUUGUUGAUGCACGAGUAAGAAAGUAUGGUUCUUUAUAUCAUUUGCAUUUGGAUCAACUCUCGUAAUAAAAGCUUGUAUUGAUCCUUUUAUAUGAUUUGUGUAAAGAAAAAUAUUUACCUA